AUGCAGCUCAACCAGCACCUGGACACCCAUGUUUCUAACCUGGUCAUUGUGCUUAUUUUUGUCCGUUUUUCCACCCACUUGGGAAAGGCAGAGCAGGCAUGCACCGAGCAGCCCCUGAGAACUGUGGCUGAGGCUCACGGCUCCCCCCAGCCCUCCCACCCCUGCCAGGAGCCGGGAGCCGGAAGGCCUGUACGACGGCCGGGGCCGCUCGGGGACCCCGGGUCCCCCGCGGGCCAGCGUCAGGCUGUCAGGGGUGGGGUAGUAGACCAGCUAGCUUUCGCCCGUCUGCUGCGCCCGGCAGGAAAAGCCCCCAGGGGCGAGGUUCCCACCCCCACCACUUCCUGGAUCCCUGGGCUGGGAGGGUGUGCGGGGGUGGAGGUGAGGUCUGCGGGGGUGUGGAGGAGCCCAGGUGCAGCUCUCCGGGCGGCGGGGCGGGGCUGGGGCGGGGCCGGGGCAGGUCGGGUGUUUGCUGAGGCGAAGGGGCGGGCCUUGGCGCCCCGGGAGCUGCCCGGCAACUUUUUCCUGCUCACACCCGGGCGCGGGAGAGAAGACCUCGGGACGGCUCCUGGGGAGUCUCCGGGUCCUUGGGCCCCCGUGCAAACCCAGAGCAGCUCCACUGCCCGGGGCGGCGGGCUCAGGAUGCGGCCAGGACGGACAGGCGGCACACUGCUGCGGCUGGUGUUAGUGCUCAAUCAAGGCAUUUUAAAUUGCUGUGUGGCGUACAAUGUUGGUCUCCCGGAAGCAAAGAUAUUUUCUGGUCCUUCAAGUGAACAGUUUGGCUAUGCAGUGCAGCAGUUCAUAAAUCCAGAAGGCAACUGGUUACUGGUUGGUUCACCAUGGAGUGGCUUUCCUGAGAACCGAAUGGGAGAUGUGUAUAAAUGUCCUGUUGAUCUAUCCACCACUACAUGUGAAAAACUGAAUUUGCAAACUUCCACGAGCAUUUCCAACGUUACUGAGAUGAAAACCAACAUGAGCCUUGGCUUGACACUGACAAGGAACGUGAGAACGGGUGGAUUUCUUACCUGUGGUCCCCUGUGGGCACAGCAGUGCGGAAAUCAGUUUUACACAACCGGGUUAUGCUCUGAUGUCAGUCCCAAUUUUCAGCUCCUGACCAGCUUUUCACCUGCAGUUCAGACCUGCCCUUCCCUCAUAGAUGUUGUGGUUGUAUGUGAUGAAUCAAACAGUAUUUACCCCUGGGAUGCAGUAAAGAACUUUUUGGAAAAAUUUGUGCAAGGCCUGGAUAUAGGCCCCACAAAGACACAGGUGGGUUUAAUUCAAUAUGCCAAUUAUCCAAGAGUGGUGUUUAACCUGAACACUUUUAAAACCAAAGAUGAAAUGAUUAAAGCAACAUCCCAGACAUCCCAGUAUGGUGGAGACCUCACAAAUACAUUCAAAGCAAUUCAGUAUGCAAGAGAUUCUGCUUAUUCAGCAGCUGCUGGUGGACGACCAGGUGCUACCAAAGUCAUGGUGGUUGUAACUGAUGGUGAAUCCCAUGAUGGUUCAAUGUUGAAAGCCGUAAUUGAUCAAUGUAACAAUGACAAUAUACUGAGGUUUGGCAUAGCAGUUCUUGGGUACUUAAACAGAAAUGCCCUUGAUACUAAAAAUUUAAUAAAAGAAAUUAAAGCAAUUGCCAGUAUUCCAACAGAAAGAUACUUUUUCAAUGUUUCUGAUGAAGCAGCUCUACUAGAAAAGGCUGGGACAUUAGGAGAACAAAUUUUCAGCAUUGAAGGUACUGUUCAAGGAGGAGACAACUUCCAAAUGGAAAUGUCACAAGUGGGAUUCAGCGCAGAUUACUCUCCUCAAAAUGAUAUUCUGAUGCUGGGUGCAGUAGGAGCUUAUGACUGGAGUGGGACUGUUGUCCAGCAGACACCUCAUGGACAUUUGAUCUUUCCGAAACAAGCCUUUGACCAAAUUCUGCAAGACAGAAAUCACAGUUCAUAUUUAGGUUACUCUGUGGCUUCAAUUUCUACUGGAAAAAGUGUCCACUUCGUUGCUGGAGCUCCUCGGGCAAAUUAUACCGGCCAGAUAGUGCUGUACAGUGUUAAUGAGAGUGGCAAUAUCACAGUUAUUCAGUCUCACAGAGGUGACCAGAUUGGCUCCUAUUUUGGUAGUGUGCUGUGUGCAGUCGACGUGGACAAAGACACCAUUACAGAUGUGCUCUUGGUAGGUGCGCCAAUGUACAUGAAUGACCUAAAGAAAGAGGAAGGAAGAGUCUACCUGUUUACUAUCACAAAGGGCGUUUUGAAUUGGCACCAAUUUCUGGAAGGCCCCGAGGGUGUUGAAAAUGCUCGGUUUGGUUCAGCGAUUGCAGCUCUUUCAGACAUCAAUAUGGAUGGCUUUAAUGAUGUGAUCGUUGGUUCACCUUUGGAAAAUCAGAACUCUGGAGCUGUGUACAUCUACAAUGGUCGUGAGGGCACCAUUCGCCUGAGGUAUUCCCAGAAAAUCUUGGGGUCUGAUGGCGCCUUUAGGAGCCACCUCCAGUACUUCGGGAGAUCCCUGGAUGGCUAUGGAGAUUUAAAUGGGGAUUCCAUCACUGAUGUGUCUGUUGGUGCCUUUGGACAGGUCAUUCAGCUCUGGUCACAGAGUAUUGCUGAUGUAUCUGUAGUUGCUUCAUUCACACCAGAAAAAAUCACUUUGCUCAACAAGAACGCUGAGAUAAACCUUAAACUCUGUUUCAGCGCCAAGUUUAGACCUGCUAAGCAAAACAAUCAAGUGGCCAUUGUAUAUAACAUCACAAUUGAUGCAGACCAAUAUUCACCCAGAGUAACCUCCAGGGGAUUAUUUAAAGAAAAUAAUGAAAGGUGCUUGCAGAAGACCAUGAUAGUAAGUCAAGCAGAGAGUUGCUCUGAGUACAUCAUCCACAUACAGGAGCCCUCUGAUGUUGUUAGCUCUCUGGAUCUGUGUGUGAACAUCAGUCUGGAAAACCCUGGCACUAACCCUGCCCUUGAAGCCUACUCUGAGACAGUCAAGGUCUUCAGUAUCCCUUUCUAUAAAGAUUGUGGUGAUGAUGGAGUUUGCAUCUCUGAUCUAGUUCUAGAUGUUCAACAGCUGCCAGCAGCUCAACAACAGCCCUUCAUUGUCAGCAACCAAAACAAAAGGUUAACAUUUUCAGUAACACUGAAAAACAAAAAGGAAAGUGCAUACAACAGUGGGAUUGUUGUUGAUUUUUCAGAAAAUCUGUUUUUUGCUUCCUGGUCCAUGCCGGUUGAUGGGACAGAAGUGACAUGCCAGAUUGCUUCAUCUCAGAAGUCUGUUACCUGCAAUGUGGGCUACCCUGCUUUAAAAAGGGAACAACAGGUGACUUUCACUAUUAACUUCGACUUCAAUCUUCAAAACCUUCAGAAUCAGGCCUCUGUCAGUUUCCAAGCCUUAAGUGAAAGCUACGAGGAAAACAAGGCAGAUAAUUCAGUCAACUUCAAACUCUCUCUGCUGUAUGAUGCCGAAAUUCACAUAACAAGAUCUACCAACAUAAAUUUUUAUGAAGUCUCCUCGGAUGGGAAUAUUCCUUCUAUUGUGAACAGUUUUGAAGAUAUUGGUCCAAAAUUCAUCUUCUUCAUUAAGGUAACAACAGGAAGUGUUCCAGUCAGCAUGGCAUCUGUAAUCAUCCAUAUCCCUCAAUACACCAGAGGCAAGAACCCGCUGAUGUACCUGACUGGGGUGCACACGGACCAGGCUGGUGACAUCAGUUGCAAAGCCGAAAUAAAUCCACUGAAAAUAGGACAGACAUCUUCUUCUGUAUCUUUCAAGAGUGAAAAUUUCCACCAUGUAAAAGAACUGAACUGCAGAACCGCUUCAUGUAGUAACAUCACCUGCUGGCUGAAAGACCUUCAGGUGAAAGGAGAAUACUUCCUUAAUGUGUCUACCAGAAUCUGGAACGGGACUUUCGCAGUAUCGACUUUUCAGACAGUACAGCUGACGGCAGCAGCAGAAAUCGACACCUAUAACCCUCAGAUAUAUGCGAUCGAAGAAAACACCGUCACGAUUCCCAUUACCAUAAUGAAACCCCACGAGAAAGCUGAAGUACCAACCGGAGUUAUAGUAGGAAGUGCAAUUGCUGGAAUCCUUUUGUUAUUAGCUCUGGUUGCAGUUUUAUGGAAGCUUGGAUUCUUCAAAAGAAAAUAUGAAAAAAUGACCAAAAAUCCAGAUGAAAUUGAUGAGACCACAGAACUCAACAGCUGA